AUGUCGGCCAGGGGAGGCUCCAUGCCGCCGCCCCCCAACCCCGCCGCCUACUUCCCCGCGCCCAGGAUCACGCUGCCCGUAGGCUUGGACAUCCUGCGCACCUACUCGGGAGCCUUCAUCUGCCUGGAGAUCCUGUUUGGAGCACUUGUCUGGAUUUUGAUAGCUGCCACUAGAGUUCCACUGCCUCUGCUGCAGGGAUGGGUGAUGUUUGUGUCAGUGACUGCUUGUUUUUUGUCCAUCCUCUUCCUGGGCGUGUUCCUUUUUAGUUAUACACACAGAAUUGCUGUGGACUGGAACCAGAUGGAUUUUCUUUUCCAUGCAGCUACUUUUGUCUUUUAUUUUGGAGCAUUUUUAUUGCAAGCAGCAACAACAUCUCUGCAUAAUUAUCGAGUUCCAUCAAAUGUCACUACGUUGCUAAGUGAUCAAGACUAUAACAUAAGCAUAGCAGCCUCAAUUUUUGCCUUUGCAACAACUAUCUGUUAUGGUUGUAGCACAGCCCUUGCUUUAAGAAGAUGGAAACUAUAG